GCGCAUGCUCACUGCAGUCCAUGGAGAAGUCCAAGCACUUCCGGUCAGACACACUUUGACCACGAACUUGUGAUUUGACCAUGAUCCAUCGCCACAGUCGUGUCCCAAUUAUGCCGUCUGCAUUAACGAUGUCUGUUUCGACAGCUGAGGUACAUUGUCGUCAUCGUUGAGGUAUAUUGGGAAAACAGACCAUUGCGAUGGCAGACAUAGAGGAGCGUAACUACGUGUUUCGUUUUCAGACCGACUCGCAGAUUGAAUACCGUUCUUUGGAGAGCUGAGGGAAGACUGUUCCAAAGAACACUGCCAGAAUAUUUUAGAAUGGAAAGGAGAAGUCUUGAAGAACAUGUCAGUGAUGGAAAAGUUUGAAAAGUUCCAGAUUGCAUUCAACAAACCUUCUCCGACAUACCUGGCUGGAGAAACAGUGUAUGGUUAUGGCUGGCUUGUUCUUAAGGAAGCAGUUUAUGUUCAGAGUAUAUGCCUAGAAGCGAUUGGGGAGGCAAAAGUUGAAUGGAUGACUUCCAGUGAUAUUCAGGCAUCAGAUGAAGAAGUCUUUAACUACACAACAGUGCUUCCCAUCAAAGGAGAGAAACAGAUAGAUGAUGAGGGUUUGCUCCAUGCUGGUUCACAUUAUUUUCCCUUCGAGUUCAAGCUACCUCCACACCUGCCAAGCUCCUUCAAAGGCAAACAUGGUCGCCUUCGUUACUUUGUUCGUUUGAGUGUAUACUCGCAUGGCAUCUUUUCACAGGGUACACCUCAAACAGAACGCACAAGCAAAUUUGCAGUUUUGGGUGCACUGGAUCUUACUAAAGAACCAGAUGCUGCAAUACCUGUGGAAAAUGACACAUUUGAAGCUGUUGGAUCGUUGUGCUGCUUUGCAGGCACGGUCACUGCAUUGCUUCGUUUAGAGCGCAAAGGAUAUGUCAUCAGAGAAGCUAUUCCUGUAUGGGCAGAAGUUCGAAAUCUAAGUGCUCGUCGUAUUGUUCAUACACAAGUGUCACUUAUUCAGAAUGUGACUUACUACUCGUACCGUGGUCGGUUUUCCGAGUGCCGAGUUUUGGUCACAGUUCACAAAGGAGGUGUAGCGCCACGCGGCAAACAGACGUGGAACUGGGAACCACUUAGUAUUCCAAGUGUAACACCUUCUCACUUGAGGGGUUGUAAGAUCAUUGACAUACAGUACAGUAUAGAGCUGCGCAUCAAACCAGCAGGUCUGGCUCGGAGCAUCAAGCUUCCUGUAGAUGUGGUUAUAGGUACAAGCCCCCAUGGUGAGUGUCAACAUAAGGUGACCUGCCACCCAUUGUUGGCACCAGAUGAAGAUGAUGGCACUGGCAUUUUUCCUUUUCCCUUUUUUGCCAGUUCAUCAUCAGAUAUGGUGCUUUUAUCUGAUAUGACUUUUCAUAACAUGGUGCCCACAGCACCACCAUGGGAAGGUGAUGAUGAUGAAAUUCCUUGAGAGAGAAUGAAAAGUGAAACCAUUUUUCAAGAAAGUGAAUUUAAGAUAUGUUUCAGGAGCCCAAGUCCUUGAAUGCAGGAGAUAAUGUGUAUACACUACAAGAUGGCUAAAGCUUUGUACCCAACUGUGUUGCUUCUAACUUCAGGAGCCCACGUUAUUGAGUGCAGGAGAUGACAGGGACACACCACAUGAUGGCAAAAAACUUCAUGCCCAGCUGUCUUGCUUGGGGUGACUGCAAGACUGCAUUAUAUAAGGGCUUUGCACAGCUAUGUGGUUUAUUAUUUUAUGACUGCAUCAGACCUGUUGCUUAAUCCUUUUGUAUUGUAAUCACCUAGGGCUGGAUCUUUUUAUUGCUGUCAUCAGUAUUUAUCGCUCAAAUUGCAUCAUAGGUGUAAAGUAAACAGCUUGUAUUUUUAUAAUCGAAGAGAUGACAGAUUAAUUUUAGAAGCUUGCUUGACCAAAUAUCUCAUGAUAUUAAAGAAACUUUUUUUUCUUAUUACAAGAAAAAUGACUUCAGUGAUCUUGGACAGUUUUAUGUAAACCUUAUUCAUAGUAUAGAACUUCUUCUUAUUUAAAGUAUAGAAUCUGCUUAUUUAUGGUUUGGCAUUUUCUUUUUAUUUAGCUUGUGGAAACACAAGUCAGCAUAGGACACAAUUUUGCUUUACCUCUGCAUUUUACUGAUUUUCCAAAUGGCUUUGGUAGUAAGUCUAUUUUCUUCUGCUAAUUACCUACUGAACUGAUGAACCCUUUCAGUGAUAUGACUUUCUUAAGCAGUUUUAAGCAUUUCUGAUGUGUCAUUUUAAUAGUAGCUGUGCAGCUAAGACUGCAUAUGAUCUAGAAUCCAGUUGAAAUGUAUUUCAUUUCAUUUAAAUAUAAAUCUUUUCAUUCUGAUUAAUAUAGAAGUUAUGUUAAACUUGUCAUAUUCUUUGUCAUUUUUAUUUCCUAGUGUUUGUAACCUGUUCUGGGAGAGUACAAUACAGAGACAGAUUUGAGACAGGUACAGUGCAUUUAUAAAAUUAUUUUAGGUGAAUACUGUUUUGAGCGGUGUAAAAUAGAUGCAGUGUAUUUAUGAAGUUAUUGUAGAUGAAUACUGUUCUGAAUAAUGUAAAAUAAGUACAGUGUUUUUUGGUAGAAUACUAAUGAUUGCUAUGAAACAAAUGCAGUGUAGCUAUUGAAAAUGUUUUAAGUGAAUACUAUGCUUAGUGGUAUAAAAUACAGUGCAUUUCUGAACCCCAGUGGAAGAAUACUGUAGUACAUGUGGUAUAAAGUAGAUAUAGUUUUGAUGAAUACUGUGCUGAAGGGUAUAAAACCGAUAAAGUAGAUAUAGUUUUGAUGAAUACUGUGCUGAAGGGUAUAAAACAGAUAAAGUAGAUAUAGUUUUGGUGAAUACUGUGCUGAAGGGUAUAAAACAGAUAAAGUAGAUAUAGUUUUGGUGAAUACUGUGCUGAAGGGUAUAAAACAGAUAACAGUGUAUUUCUGAAAUACUGAGAAUACUGUAGAACGUAUGAAAUAGAUAUAAUGUAUUUUAGUCAUGUGCCACAAUUCUGUUUUCUUCUAACUUCAUUUAUUGGCAUAACCUAUUUUAAUAAUUGCAAAAAAUGUGAUGACCACUUUUAAAAAUAUUGCCUACAGUACAAGCUCUCUUCAUCUAAAGCAAGAUUACUUUCUUGUAGAUUUUUGUCUGGAAGAUUGAAUUCAUCAGGCACUAGUGCUUUUGGAUGUGUUUUCUCCCAAACACUUGUGUUUUUAGAUGUUCAUCAUUUAUCCAGACAUUUGUGCAUCAAGGUUUGUGUCAUUUUUGCCAUGCAUUUAUGUGUCAAUGUUUUUCAUUUGUGCAAUAAUUGUUCAUUUGUAUUUGCAUAUCAGUGUUUUAUUGACUCAAUAAAUAUACAUCGCAUGUCUAGCUUUAGUCUACCUUUUUAUCAUUAACCCACUUUUGAGCAUGGUAAUUGUGGAUUGCAACUUUUCACUUCAUUCUGAUGAGAAAGAAAUUAAUCAGUAAACAUGGUAUGAUCACUAUUCUAUUGAGGUUCAAAAGACUAAAACCCCUGAACUUGUUCCAACAGCAAUAUAUCAGAGAAAGCAUGAAACUUAACUAGGUAGCAUUUAUAUAUCCAGGUAAUGUAUAGUUGCCAUUAGAAGGGUGAACAUGAACGUGCACAGGCCUGCUGACCAGAGACGAAAAAAACCAGGCAGCACAGUACAAGGUGUGUGCUUUAUUCUUUCCAUCUCUGGGAAGACUAUUGUGUUGUAGGUGUCUGAGGGACUGUCUUUUAUAGAUAUUGCUGUUAAACUUGCUCUUAUUUGAUAUAGUAACCAUUUUUAAUAUUUUAAUACAGUAUUUCAGUACAUCGCUCUUUGUGUGGACCAAAACAUAUCUAUAAGUCUUUAACUGUAUAGAUAUGGCAUUUGUAUUGUUUAUUAUUUAUAAAGCAGAGUAACAUAUUCUUACAUACUGCCAUGGUAGGUUGAACAAUGGUCUUGUUUGUAUAGGCUACUGUGUAUGCAGAUUAAAUAUUUAUUUGUGCCAGUACUUUUGACAAGAUAUCAAUAACAAUUGGGUAUCAUGUACUAUUCAGGUACUUAUAAAACUUAUAAAAAGUUAAAGGCAAGGUAUUUAUGUAAAUUUGGCUCUGUAGUUGUGUAAGGGCUGCUUUUAGACAUUAUGAGCCUUUAUUCCACAAGGGUCGUAAAGUAAUCAUCAUAUCUUACACCAAUUUUUGUGUAGUAUAUGCAUCAGAAACUGGAAAUCUGCAGCGUAUCUUGUAAGAUUGUCCCUUUCGUACACAUAAGACAUCUGCCCAGUGAUUUGAAGCAACAGCUUGUCAAUGUAUUAUGGGAUGCAGAUUUUUUUUUUGGUAAUGACCAGGUAAACCUCAGUGCAAACUACUACUAAGAGCAUUCAAUUGAAAUGUAGUGGACGCCAGGCAAAUAUGAGCCCUGUGUCCGCUACGCCUCAAUUGACUGUCCAUUAUAUUUCCCAAGAUCUGGAUGAAUGAUGAGAUACAUGUCUAUAAAUAUCACCAUGUGCAGAAAGUCAAAUUCAUGACCUCAUAUUUGUGCGCAGAUGAUAAUAAAAAAUAGGCAUUUAUAUAGCACAUAAUCAUGCUCAUGAAGGAGCAUGCUCUGAGUUCUUAAGACAAGCAGGAGACAAGGACAGAAUAUGUGGAUGAAAGGAGAAACAUGUAGACAAAGAAUAAAAGAUAAACAUCAAAGACACAAAGAGUAAUCGGAACAAACAGUAGGGAUGGAGAGUGUCAUAAAUCUGCAGAGGAUGAUGAGCAGGUGAACUAGUCAACUGACUAUAAUCACAACUGUUGACAACUAUGUCAAUACAAAAUUGUGUAAAUGAGAUACAUCUCAUGUUAGAGAUGGUCCUGAUGUCUGUCUUGACCUCUUGCUGUGUGCAGUGAUGUUUGUAGGCAUGUUUCUUUACAACAGAAGAGGGAGGGAAGUUCGUCCAUUUUUUCUUUUGUUUUUUGGUGGAAAUAUUUUUCACUAAUUUGUACCAGUCAUAAAAAAUGUUUGCACCCAUUAGAUGGACAUGCUUUGAGGAGCAGAGAGGGCCUUUAACUAGUUUCUCAGUUUACCAUGAAUGUUGUUUUUUUCAGUGAGACACCAAGAAUAAGGACUCCAUUUACAAUGAUUUACAUAAUAAAGAGCAAUCAAGAAAGAUUUCAGUUUAAUGAUUUUAAGUAACAUUUAAUUAUUUUGUAUUUAUAGAUUAUGUGAGAAUAUUUUAAAAAUUAAUUCCCCAAUUUUUUCUUAGAUUUAUAGAUUCUUUCAUGGGCAUUUGCUACGCAAAAAGUAAAAAGGUUUGUGUUCAAAUGUCAGAAUUUUAUUUCAUAAAAGAGUAAAAAGCUUUGGGUUCAAAUGUCAUAGAAUUUGGGGAAAUAAUUAGGGUUAGGAAAUCCUGAGCUCAGGAAUAAUUUUUUCUUAAUUGUCAUCAUCGUUUUUAUUGAGACCUACUUUACAAUAUGACUUUUGUCAAAAGAAACUGCUGUGUGACGGAAUUCGCUAAAUUGUCUGUACUGUGCUUGCUGACGGAAUCCACUAGAAUUAUGCUGUGCUUGCUGAGGGAUUUGUAACCUGUCUCAAACAUAUUUGUGUUGGCAGAAUUAAACCAUAAACUACUCCAAUAUAAUGUAUCUGCAGAAUGAAAACCCCACAUUUACUGAUAGUUACACAUACACAGAGAUACUGCUAGAAGUGUUGGUGAUGCUAUGUUGUUUUAAACACUGCCAGUCAGCAAACCUCUUAAGAAUACUGUGAAGAACCUCAUGCACAUAGAGCUGUGAUGUGCAGAAGUCCUCAUAAGAACUCAGCUGAUAAUCUACUCAUUAGAUGUUAACCUAGACUUGUGAUCUUAUGAUGUUGGUAGCUGUUCACAAAAGUGUAUGAUGAUUGUGUAUGUAAAGCUUGUGAUGCUGGAGAUAGUGUACUUGUGGCUUUCUAUGUUUGUGUACACAUGGCUCAUGAUUUAUUGACAUCAUUGUUGAGUAAUGCUCAUGUAUAGACGUACCAUAGACAUCUGCACCAGGUUGCAGCUGCCUCUUACAUGUGAUUUUCAUAAAGACUUGCACAUACCAAUAAUAUCUAACUGUCUUGCAGCAAAUUGUAAGCAUGGUGAAGCAUUGCAUCAUCUUAUUCUAGUUCAUGAACAGCAUAUAGUAAGAAAACUCACUUUAUGUGUGUCUGGAAUAUAUUUUUUAGUGUAUUGUAGUGGUAAAUUUGUUUUCAUGUGUAAUCUGAUUACUAUUCUGAAUAAUAGAAUUCUUUGGUUUUGUUUUGUUAGCAUUGUCUAAAUGCUUAAAAAGGUUUUACAAAUUUAACAUCAUUGUGAGUUUUGUUGGUUGUGUGUGUGUGUCGGGGGGAGGAGUAGGAGGGCAGGUUAUUUACAUGCUGUAUAUUUUUAAACUUCAAAAGAAUGAAUUACCAUUAUGUUUUCCCUCUUGAACUGUUAGAAAGGGUGAGCAUUUAUAAUACUAUCUCCUUGUUGACAUCUUCUAACGCUGCACCUUUGCAAUGAACUUUAAUUCUUAUUUUUAUUUUCAACUUUUACCAAGGUGCCUAGAGCACCUUCCCAUGUUCAAAUUGCCCACUGGAACAAAUAAAGUUGGUCAUUGUCAUUGUCAUUGUCAUUGCCCUACAGUCAGUCAGAGAAUGCACGAGUUCCUAUGAGGAAGCUGUAGGUAUGCUGUAGGCACCACUUGAUUAUUGUUCACUGAGUUUUACUGAGUUCCUAAUUAAUGAUUCUGUACAGCAUGACAUCUCUUGACCAUUAAUGUUUACUGAGGAACUCGCAAGCCUUUGACAAAUGAUGUGCGCUUCAAGGGGGUUGAAAAGAUUCUUCUUUAUUGGUGUAUCGUUAGGCCCACUCUCUAAUGGCAGUUGUUAUAGGUUAGAAAGUGCUGCAUAAUUUUGUAAUAUCUGAGAGACACUGCAGAAUUUUUGCAUGGAACUUGGUGUGUAUAUAUAUAUAUGGUGCUGUAGUUUGAAAUAUUAGUGUUUUAAUGAUGACGUGCUCAUUAUUAGUAAUUGUUAUUUACAGGGUAUUGUUGAUUCCAUCCAUUGUUUUUCUAAUGUUUAGUUUGUGACAAGAUUUGGCUCCUUUAGUCUUCUGGUGGUAGCUUUCCGGUACUUAUUAACUCAAUUGGGGCUGCUCUGAUGCCAAUUUUAGAUUUGAGAUUUGAUGCAGUAUAAAAGCAAAUGAAAUUACAACUCUGAGAUUUGGUGCAAUAUAACAGCGAUAUCGCAGACUGUGAGGGUGGAUAUGAUGUGAAAGAUUAUUAAGAGUUUUAAGCUGUAAACAAAGUUUGUUAAAGUUUGAUGUUCUAUACCCAGGUGGUACAGUGAAUGUCCCACAGUUGACUUAGCUGUUGAAUGGAAAUUUGAUUCUGUAGAUAAUUGAGGAAGGCAAGGGAGUUAGGGAGAAGUAAAACUUUUUAUUGGCCCAAAGAAAGUGUGAUCUUCACUCUCCAGUGACCAAAAGCCUAGGAGAUUACCCUUUGCUUAUGACAAUGAACUAAGAAUUGCAGUUUUAAAAGUAUCAUUUUUGCAUUCUUUUUCCAGUUUCUGUGCUAGAAACAAUUUCUUGUUGAUCACUAAGGUUUCAAGGUUCAAUGAUGAUGAAUUAUUAAUAUGUAUUACUGAUAAAAUUUCUUUACUUACUUUGAUUAUUGAUCUUAGAAUUUUGCACUGCAACAAUGUCUAUUUGUUAACUUGCAGGAUUAUUUAGUGCCAAUUAUGCAUUUAAUUAGCAAGAUAAAGCUGCUCAAUUAGACUUGUUGGGUGAGUCAAUUAUAAACAAAGUUUCUGCAAUAUUGACAAGUUUGAACACAAUUUAUUAUAUCAUAAAGUUAUUGUUAUUGCAUUGGCUAUGGGAAAUUGUUCUACAGUGUAUGAUAAAACUAAAUACUAGAUGCAGUAGAGUGGUGAAUGAGCAUUUGUGGAUUGAUGUUUGUUUAUUAACAUUUAGAGAUAUUGUAGUUUUGUAUUUUGACCAAUAUGUCCAUUUAUGGUAUUGGGUUUCUCUGUUGCUUGUAGGUAGUAUGGCUGCCAGCAUUUUGUGGAUAUUUGGCACAUACCUAAUGUUUUGAUAGCCAUGGUACAUGCUGUCAGUUUCUUUACAUAACCUUUGAAGGUUAUAUUGUAGUCUUCUGUCACUUGUUACAGGAAGACAAUAUUGUUUUAGUGAUAUUAUCAUGAUAUUACUUUGUUUCCAUUUGUACCAGUGAUGUUAUUUGUCCCUAUUUGAUUAAAACAGUAUUUUUGAUAACUUAGCUCUGCAUUGAGCUUCACUGCAUUGACAGUGUGGCCCUAUCAGAUUUCUAAAAGAUUAGUAGGUCCUUGGGUAAAUACCAUAGCAGAUGUGCUUAAUUUUUGGAUUCUGAUCUUCUUUUGUAAGAUUAGUGGAUCCUUGUGAUCUUAUUAAUACCAGGACUGGACUCUCUUCUUGUUUGACUUGUUAUUUGUUUUUAAGAUCUUGAGGUCCUUGUGAUUUUACUGAUUUUACAGGACUGGAGCCUGGCUCUUCUUGUUUAACUUGUUACUAUGUUUUAUCAGAUCUUGAGAUCCUUGUGAUCUUAGUAAUGCCAGGACUGGACCAUCUUUAUGUUGGAUUUAUAAUUGUUGUCGGAUCACGAGAUCCUUUUGAUUUUGUUAAUAACAGUUCGAGACCAUUUGCUUGUUUGGCUUGUUACUGUUUUUUGUCAGAAGAUCAUUAGAUCCUUGUGAUCUCAGUAAUACCAGGACUGGGCUGUCUUUUUACCAUUUGCUGUGAGAUCAUUAUGUCAUUGUGAUCUCACAAUAACCAGGACUGGGGUGUGUAGGUUUUGGCUUGUUGCUGUUAGAAGGUCCCUUGUGAUCAUAUGUCUGUUGACUUUUCCCUCACACUGCCUGCCCUAAGGUCAGAAGACCUCUUGUGAUCUCAUUCAUUUCUCAUCAUCUUUUGCAUAAUUAGUAGAUCCUUCGUGAUCUCAUAGCUGUAUGAUCUCACCAGAACCAGUUUUGAACUGUAUUGUCUUUGGCAUAUUACUGUCUGCUGUAAGAUCAAUGGCUCCCUUAUGAUCCCAGUACACAUCCAUCUUUUCAUUCUUAGUGUGCCAUAAAUUCAGAUUUCCAGUGAUUUUCUUGCCAUCCUAAAUAUUUUAGACUGCUGUAAAUGUAGGGCCACUGAGACUUGCCUCUAACAUCCUGCUGUCUGUACCAGGUUAAAAAUGUAUGCCAGUUGCAUGUAGCUAAUGUUUUCCUGAAAACAACAUGAAUACUGAAUGUUUGGAGCCAGAGAGCUAGUCUCGCAUUAUUUUUAAUUUAAAAAAAAAUGAAUAUGUUCCUAGUCGGUGUCAAAUAAAUUUUACUAAAGCAUUGUAAGACACCUGUUUUAAUUGUCCAAAUAUGAUUUUAUUGUGGUUAAAAAGAGGACACUUUAUCACAUUUUACACAUCAGUUGUAAUUAUCAAGCACUUAAUUUAGUGUGUAUACAUUACCUAACAGCAAAUUUGUGAGGAAACAAACUGUAUUUCUCUUACCCAGCAUCCAGAAGUGAAUUAUAUUUGAAAAAUAAUUGCCAACAGCAAUUUAUUGAGCUAUAAUAGUGAAUUAUUCAUUGUGAAAUGAGAAUAUGAAGAACAAAAGCUAUUUUUGUAUACCAAGAGAUUCUGUAUUUAGUUAAAAUAAUAAUAUAUCAGCAAGUUAUGUCAUUUAUUUUUGUUGUGAUCUAGAUGUCUAAAUAGGCAAUUUGAGUGACAUAAAUACACUGUAUAUACAAGCAUUAAUCCAUCAUGAUGUGUGGCCCACAUGAUUCACAUCAUAUGGAAUUAUUUUUUUCUUUCCUUUCAUUUUUUUCUUGUGGUCUUCCUUUUGUUUGCAUAUACUUUUUCUUUCUUGGAUUUUCAUAAGUCUCUUGUUGAUGGCAUAUUCUUUUCUUCUAGAUAGCUGUUGAUGCUGUUUAUUUGUUUAAUUUAUCUGAUUUUUUUAUAUUGCACCUUUUCCUUAUUGACAGUAGACUCAAAGCACAUUACUGCCACACACAUACAAAAGUGCGGAAGUACACACAUUAAACAGCUAUCAAAUGCACCUUACAGAUCAUUAAACCUGACACACACACACACAGGGUGGAGGAAACAAGAGUACCUGGAGAAAUAAAGGUACAUCAUAGCCUGGUUGCUAGUUGAUUAAAUGUUGAAACAAAUUGUCACUCAUUCAUGUGACUGGAAAAGUCUGCGUCCGCCCGUUGGAUGGGUACAGGGAAGAAAGAUGCAGUGAAAGGAAUGGGAUGUGUUCUCCCUUCCACAUGCCAAAUGUCCAAAACAUGGUGACGUGCUGAUAGCUGACGGUACACCAUCCUCACAUAUUACAUACCCAAUACAUGGCAAAACACAUACAGUACACCAUCCUCGCAUAUUACAUACCCGUUACAUGGCAAAACACAUACAGUACACCAUCCUCACAUAUUACAUACCCGUUACAUGGCAAAACACAUACAGUACACCAUCCUCACAUGCCACAUGCUCAAAAACAUGGUGACCCACUGACAGUGCAUCAUCCUCACAUAUCACAUGCCCAAAACAUGAACCAUUGACAGUACACCAUCACAACAGGCACCAAAAAAAUGGGACCCAUUACCAUGAUUGAAAUUAUAUCUAAAUCAGGUAUAUAUAAUUUGUAUUUUUUAUCUUUUCUGAUCCAAGAUCACUACCACAUUGAUGCAUUUCUGCCAAUUCUCUGUUUUAUGAGUAGCUUUGGUAUGUUUGUAGUUUUCUUGGACAUCUCAUCAUGGUGUAUUUGUGUUUCAGUCUAAAUAAAUAUAUUAAUUUCUUGAAUUAAUAGAUUACUAGAUGUUAAACAUUUUGAAAUGCCAGUAGGAUGUGUUUUGAUUUUGAAAGAAAGUUACUUUGAUUCAUUACUUUGCUGAGAUAGUUCGUGUCCAUAUAUGGCAUUGAUGAUAAACUGAAUGUUACUUUUUAGGUAACACCUGUUGUUAUGUUCUUGGAAAUGUGAUGUAUUAUUUCACAUUGGUUUGACAUUAUACUACAUCUAAUAUAAACAAUGCUGUCCAUGGCAGUAAAGAUAGUGGUUCUGGGGUUUCAAACUGACAUUAAAUGUUGAUGAACUUGACAUGUUAUCAUAAAUAUGAAUUACGCACCAAAAACUAAAAUCUGCAGCAGACAAAUCUGAAAAUGGUGAUCUUAAAAAGGGCCUUUAAAAACAAAUUUAUAAUAAUAUAAAAAUAGACACAGUAUGUUAGAGAUUAAAGAUGUGUAAUGCAAGAACACAUGCAAAGUUUUUAAGAAAGAUUAUGUCUAGUAAAGACUUGAAAUUAAUAGAGUUUUAUAAUAACAAAUCAAAGUCACCAGAUAAGCAUGAAGUGAUUGUGCAGUUUACUGGCACUAGUUUUAAAAUAAAGUUGCACUGAUAGCUACAGAUUUUAUUUGCGUGUGCUUUCAGAUGAAACUUUAAAAAAAAUACUGUUGAAUUGUUUUCUGUAUAGCUGGCAGUGUUUCCUGAAUAAUUUACUACUAGCUGUACAACCUUGACUUUGGAAAUACUCUUAAGCAUUCUUUUCAUCUGAAUGCAGUAAGAAAAAGCUGAACAGUUGUAGAGCUGCUGCACUGGAUGAAUCAACCAAGUGGCAUGUGCUAGAUAUUUCUGUUCCCAUUGGUUUUGUACUCAUGGUCGACCAUGCUGUUUGCUGUAAGAAUUAGGUUGAAAUAAAUAUUUAAGAUUAAUAACUUGUUUUAAAUCCCUUUGUUUGUACACAAGCAAGUUAAGGAUGCUUCACAAACAUUGUGUGUGAUUGUCAGGGAUUAGUAUCAAAAGCCCAGUGCUCAUUUAUAUGCCAAAUGCUGUGGUCUUUUAUUCAUAUAAUGUGUGCUGUGUUGGAAGUGCAAUUAAAUGUUCAGUAUUCUUCCCAA